AAACCUGUAAAAGGCUCAUUGAUGAUCUGGAGUUGAGAGAGUUUCUGCUUAGACCAACAAACGGCCUCCAAUAUGGCAAACAAUUCUGAACUGAUGAACACAUUAAAACACAUGGUGGCCAAGCGCGAAAAAGAGCAAACUGAGCUGCAUAAUCUAAACGGACGCUUGGCCUCCUACAUCGAUAAGAUCCGCUCCUUGGAGCAGGAGGUAAAGCAGCUGAAAAGCCACGAGUCAAAGCGUGUCACUGAGCUGUACGAGGAGGAAAUCAACAAGCUGAGGAUGGAGGUGAAGAACCAGAGCCAACAAAGUUCAAGCUUGAAGAUAGAUGUAGAAGGACUGAAAGAAAGUCUGCAAAAGGCAAAUGAGGAAAAAGAAGAAGCUUUGGAAAAACUGGCUUUUUUAAAGGAGGAUUUGGAUGCUCCCACUCGGGCUAGCAAGGCUUCUGAAGCAAUGAUUAAAUCUCUCCAAGAUCAGCUUGAUUUCCGGAACAAAAUCCAUAAAGAGGAGAUCCAGCAGCUGCAGAUUCGCUUCGAGGAGAUGAAGAACAAUGACCAGACCGAUGGAGCCAAUUCUAACCUGGCAGAAAUGAUGCAGGAGCUGAAGGCAGAGUUUCAGAACUCGACCAACGCUAAGAUCAGUGAGACAGAGGACAGGUAUAAAUCCCAGAUGUCAGACAUGAAAGAGAUGCUAAAUGAAAAUAAUGAAACCCUGACGAAGUUAAAACAGAGGAACACAAAUCUCGAAAACCAGAACCAGAAAAACCUGCGCGAGAUCAACUCUCUGAAAGACACGAUUGAAGAAAUGGAGGAAAAAAGUCAAACUCUUCAGGAGACCAUCGACGCUCUGGAGACUGAGAAAAACAAGAUGAAGGACGACAUGAAGAUCCAACUCCUUGAGUACCAGGACCUGCUGAAAGAGAAGGGGGAUCUGGAUAGGGAGAUCUCCAUAUAUAGGAUGCUGCUGGAAAAGGAAGAGCACAGAAUACUAAAGAACCCAGAGGAGAACGAUCCUACUGGGAAUACCCCACCCCAAACUCCUGCUCCGAUCUGACAGCGAUUCUCAGCAUGCACAGCGUCUUCUGCUGAACUCUGAGCGCCAAACAGCUUCAAGUCAAAUAAAACUUUUUAACUGAUGCUUUUCUGUGUCGGUUUCUCCAGAUUGAGAUUUAUGUGAAUUCAUGCGUAUAAAACUUUUCUGAAACUGAUUCCGUUUGUGCA